CUCACCCCCACCCAGAUUUAUGUAGGUAUUGUAUGUACAAUACAAUAGGCAGGUACACGAAUCCGUACAAUACAAUGCAAUAGGUUUAUUUGGCGUGUCAGGUACCUAAUAAUAAGUUGAUUUUCUCAACUCUGUAAGCUGUCAGCCAUACACGACAUGCUCACUCUGCAUAGCCGGCCGUACUCCAAAUUUCACCAGCUUCACACUAACUCUUCUUGUAGCUCUUAGUUCCCUCUCCCUCCCUGUUUAUUAUUUUUUUUCCAUGCUUACAUAGUACGUCUUUCGGCCCAUGAUACCUCUGGCUAGUAUAUAGAUAGCAUCAAGUUGUAACAAUACGACCUCAAACCUCAAAAUGACUAAGUCGGGAAGCGAACUCGACCCACUAUGGCAGAACCUCGAUUGGGCCAUUGGUCAGAUGUUGAUUAUGGGAUGGGAUGGUACAGAAGUAACGCCUCAAAUCAGAGACCUCAUCGAAAAUCACCAUUUAGGUUCUAUCAUAUUGACGCCUAAAAAUCUCCAAUCUGCAGAGCAGACUGCUUCUCUGGUCAAGGAGCUUCAGACAAUAGCACACCAAGCGGGACACCCCCAACCUCUAUUGAUUGCUGUUGAUCAAGAGAAUGGAGGUGUCAACAGUCUAUUUGAUGAAGAUUAUAUCUGCCAAUUUCCUAGUGCGAUGGGCAUCGCUGCUACGGGAAGCACGGAGCUGGCCUAUAGCGUAGCAAAAGCUACGGCUACGGAACUUUCUGCCGUCGGAGUCAAUCUCAUUCUCGGUCCCGUUUUAGAUGUCUUGACUAACGCUCAACAUCAACCUCUUAGCGUCCGAGCUGCUGGAGAUGAUCCCCAAGAAGCAUCCCAGUUUGGUAUUGCUGCCAUUAACGGGUUCAAGGACGCCGGAGUAGCAACUUGCGGGAAACAUUUUCCCUCCUACGGAAAUAUUAAUUUCCUUGGCUCUAGCUUAGAUAUGCCUAUUAUCACUCAGACUUUGGAAGAACUUAGUCUCAGUGCUCUUGUACCGUUCCGGAAUGCUAUUAGUGCUGGACGUUUAGACGCUAUGUUUGUCGGUGGAUGCGGGAUUCAGAACGCCGGAAUGAACGUUACGCAUGCUUGUCUAUCGGAUCAGGUUGUGGACGACCUCCUGAGAAACGAGUUGGGUUUCAAAGGUGUCGCCAUCUCUGAAUGCCUCGAAAUGCAGUCACUUAUACAGGAGUAUGGCAUAAAAGGGGGCACUGUAAUGGCCGUCGAAGCGGGUAAUGAUCUGGUGCUUCUCUGUAGAGCACAUGACGUACAGCUCGAGGCUAUUUCGGGGCUAAAGUUGGGUGUUGAGAACGGUAUCAUAUCAAAGGAUCGGAUCUAUACUUCUCUUAAGCGAGUACUGAAGCUGAAGAGCGUGUGCACAUCUUGGCAGAAGGCGCUGAAUCCCCCGGGGUUAUCGCUGCUCUCCAAGAUACAUCCCACACACCUUGCGCUCUCUCGGAAAACUUACGAUCAGUCAAUCGCUGUCGUCCGGGAUAAGGACAAUCUACUUCCCCUCUCAGAAAGCUUACACCAGCAGGAAGAGCUUUUACUACUAACGCCGCUAGUCAAACCACCGCCAGCUUCGGCAGCUACUAAGAGCAUGUUAGAAAUGGGUAACAAAGCCACCCCCAUGAACCACGGGCGGAUUCACCAAGAACGUGGGGCAAUCAUGAGUGGAGAAGGUAUCUUUCAAGAACUGGGCAGAUCAUUAGCUCGAAUACGCAAUGGUAAACUUCUUCACACAUCGUAUACAGCAAAUGGACUUAGGCCAUUACACGAGAACCUGAUAAACAGAGCGUCAGCAAUUAUUAUAGUUACGGCUGAGGCUAACCGGAAUAGGUACCAAACAGGGUUCACGAAGCACGUAGCGAUGAUGUGUCAUAUGCUUCGUGGAACCGGCCAAAAGAAGUCGCUCAUAGUGGUUGCAGUUACUUCUCCCUACGACUUCGCGAUGGACAAAUCGAUCGGGACGUACGUCUGCACCUUCGAUUUUACGGAGACAGCUAUGGCUUCUCUCGUUCGUGUUCUAUGUGGGGAGAUAAUCCCUCAGGGUUCGAUACCGGGAACUAUGAGGAAGAGCAAAAAGGUCUCUAAAAAAAGACAACAAUGGCUGGUUGAGAACUAUGAUCGCGAGCGGGACGCUUCUGCCCUGGAGGAGCUGUUAAAAACUAUGGCUCGCUCGAGCACCCCUAGCCUCCCAUAUCUCACGGCAGGAGCCAAUUCAUUCGAAUUAUCCAAUUCGCACGUUGAGGAAGCACAUUUUGUCGUUCGGAAUAGCAGCACAAAGACAUUAUACGGAUUUGUGGCUACAUACUUCGUGAAAGGAGUUGGUGCCAUUGGCGCUCUGUUUGUCGAUCCGGCGAAACGGAAUGUAUCGAUUGGCAGGUCACUACACCGUCGUGCCAUGCGAUCAUUGCUCCAAAGGCCAGGCAUUAGGACAGUCCAGCUUGGGCUUACAUUCCCCGGGGUGUUUCCAGGCGUACCUGUAGGUGAAAGCGGGAGUAACAAGAGCUGGUUUGACAACGUUGGGUGGGAUACACAGUUUCCGAAACGACUAACGAACAUGGUCAUCGAAGAUUUGGGUGCUUGGACGGCGCCAGAAGGCCUCCUACAGAGCAUUCAACGAGCAAGUCUCAGCUUUGAUUUAAUCCACGGACUUGAUAGCGCCGAGUCGGUGUUAAACCACGUUGCGACGCACGCAGGACCCGAGGUCGUGGAGCUUUAUCGAUUUGCACUACAUGAAGCCAACACAAGCGGAGUAGUCCGAGCCAAGAAUUCAAUGGGUAACUUGUUAGGGACGGUCAUCAUCUGUACGGCGGGAAGUCGCUUGUCAACAUAUAUCCCCUCGCUUCACUCGACUAGCGGGGAGGAUAUUGGUGGCAUCAUUGCUCCAAUAGUACCCUCCAGAUCCCAGUCGAGAUUAAUCCUGCAAGGGCUAGUAUUCAUGGGCGUGAGGCAGAAUAAGGCGCACAAGUCUGCAAAGAGCGUCCUCAGUUGGGUACUUGACGAAGCACAUGAGCCACUUGCAGCUAUGGGCUUUGACGUUCAACAGACAUUUGAUGAGAUUAUAAAUUCGCCAGAAAACUGGUCUGAUUUAAGUUGAGCAAAUGCUUUUUUAGAACUGGUGUGUGGUGUGCAGCUACUGAGUCAAAGUAUAAAAUGCACGAAUGAGAAUGAAAAAGAGGUACCUACCUGUAAGUAAGCUGCUAAUUGUGGGGGGUCCGAAUGUAGUUAUUUCGCAUUGGCAAUAAGAGCUGCGAAACAUGCCUUUCUCCUGCGAUUUUAUAUUUUAAAGCGAGUGAGUUAAAGUCGGAGAGCAUACGGAUUAUUCUUUAUCAAAUUACGAAUUGUUUUCUCAAGCUUUUCGGAAUCCUUAAACCAAACACAUUUGAUCGAUUUUGAAUUUGAGCCCCCGUCCCGGUUGGGGCCGCCCCUGUUUAAAAAUAGAAGCGCGACGUAACUAUCAAACCUGGAUGUAUGUCACAAGCAUCGCCCUCCGGAGUUCCCCUCUCAAUUGAGGGUUGAUCUUCCCAACCAAUACGUUAAUCUUCGUAACGAAUCGAAGAUGAAGGAUAACGAGACUGAUAACGAAUUCUUUGUACUACAACGCGAUCGAGGUCCAAUAUGUAAAGAACGGACGUACUAUGUACAUACAAGAAAAAGCACCGAGGCUCUGGGUUGGAGGAGGUAGGUAGGUAGGUAGGUACCGUAACUAAC